UCUUGUGUUUCUGGGCGGUUCUGCGGCUCGGAAGUGCCAUUUUGGCGGCAGUUGUGACGUCACUGGUCUGUGUACGGUUGCCACGGGCCCCCACCACGAGUAGCCUGAAGAGAGGGGCGGAGCGCGGAACCCUAGGACUCUGCGCGGGGCGCCCGAACUGGGGGCUCGCGGCGGCCCUCACGGCCCCGGUAAGGCGGGGGCGCUGCGCGGAGUCGACGUCCGGGCGGAAGCCGUGCUCUUCCCGGAUCCCGCAGCGGCCCCGGCACUGGGGGCCGCGGAGCCAGGAGGCGCGUCCCGCCGAGGUGUUCAUGUUGACUAGGCCUUGUUAGCAAUACUAAAAUGGCUGUACCCCAAGACAACAUCCCUCCCCUGUCGGAGUGCCGGUGCGGGAUCUGUGUGGACAUCCUGAUCGAGCCCGUGACGCUGCCUUGCAACCACACGCUCUGUAAUCCAUGCUUCCAGUCCACUGUCGAAAAGGCGAAUUUAUGCUGCCCCUUCUGUCGCCGCCGGGUCUCCUCGUGGGCUCGCUACCAUGCCCGAAGAAAGACUCUUGUCAAUGUGGAACUGUGGGAGAUGAUUCAGAAACACUACCCGAGGGAAUGCAAGCUCAGAGCUUCGGGGCAAGAAUCGGGGGAGCUCGUUGAAGACUAUCAGCCAAUUCGUCUGAUAAGUAAGCCUGGGGAAUUGAGACGAGAAUAUGAAGAGGAGAUAAGCAAGGUGGAAGCAGAGCGACGAGCCAGUGAGGAAGAAGAAAACAAAGCCAGUGAGGAAUACAUACAGAAAUUACUGGCUGAGGAAGAAGAAGAAGAAAAGAGACAAGCAGAAAAAAGGCGAAGUGAGAUGGAAGAACAACUGAAAAACGACGAGAAACUGGCAAGACGGCUAAGCAUUGAUAUUAACAAUUUCUCUGAGGGAGAUAUCUUGGCUUCUCCCUUGAAUUCCAGAAAAUCUGAUCCAGUAACAACCAAGUCACAAAAGAAAAAUAAGAAUAAACAAAGAAACACUGGAGAUAUUCAGAAGUACUUGUCACCUAAGUCUCGGUGUGAGUCAGCGUCACAGUCUGAAGUUGUAGAAGUCAGGAGAAGCUCCGUAUCUGAGGCAACUGAUAGUAGUGAUGUGAAAAACCCUACAUGGCAAGACACAGACAGUGAAGAUAUGCCAACGCUUUCUCCGCAGAUAUACCUUGAAAUUCAAGAACAAGGAGCAAAGUCUUCAGUGGAGUCGCCUAUGCCUUGGUUAUGUGCCUAUGAUACAGAAGGGUGCCUUAAAAGAGAAGUCAGAGCAGAGCCAAACAAUCAUGAUAAAGAAUCACGUAUCCUAAGUCAGGAGGGACCUAAGCCUGCAGCUGCUGACACUAGAGAAGCCGAGGUGAAGCCUGGCGGCCAUGUAGACAAUGAAUGCACACCAUCAGUUGUAGAGUCCUGCCUCAAAGACCAGCACUCUCCAUUGGAAACAGCCAGCGAUCCAUGCCUUUGUGCCAAAAGAAGGAAAAUACUUCCCACACCUUCCACAGAGCAAGAAGAAACAGAACUAACCUUUACCCAGAAACUGGUAGAUUUGGAGCGUCUACUUUUUGAGAGACACAAACAGGAAGAACAAGAUAGGUUAUUAGCUUUAGAACUACAGAAAGAGGUGGACAGAGAACAAAUGAAACCAAAUAGGCAAAAAGGAUCCCCAGGUGAAUAUCAUCUGCGAGCUACGUCCUCACCUCCAGACAAACUACUAAACGGACAGGGAAGGAAUCUGAGAGAUAGGAACAGCAACAGACAGACUGAUAGAGAGCAUUCAAGGCUGCGGAGAGGCUCCAGGUCUGAAAACUGGCAGCCCUCUUUGAAGAUCCAGUUGAAGAAUUCAGUUGUUAAUGGAAGAAAGAUGAGAAAUUCUACCAGAGAUAAUUGUAAUGUAUCUAAAAGUGCUCCUAGUAAUUCACAGAAAAGUAUUUUCCAAAUGUUUCAGAGAUAUACCAAAUAAUGCAUAGUUAACCUGGAUUGUGAAUUUCUCUUCUAUCCCAGAAUCUGUAAAUUUGUCAUCAAUUUCUGCUCUGUAGGCACACUCAUUAUCUUUAAAGGACUGUGGGUCACAAGGGAAGAAUAUGCAAGUGUACUUUUGCACAGCUUGUGAGCAAGGGUCCCUGUAAUUGCCGUUGUUAAUAACUGACCUGCUAAGUUUGACAGUUGUUAGAGAUAGAAAAUUGCCUUGACAUCUGCACAUGCCGUUCUCUGUGCAAAAGCAUGCUUAUGACCUUUGCUUACCUUUUUGUCAUGAGUACAUCAAAGCAAGAUUUCACUAUAACAAAUAGUUAAGAAACCCAUACUAGGUAUCCUUGCUGCUUUUCUAGAUAUUUAUAGAAUGCUUGAAAGUAUCUUCCAUAACACUACAGUAAUUAGUUUCCAUCUCCAAUUUGAUAAAAUUUGAAGCAUUAUACCAUAUCCUUUGCUUUAAAAUAGAUUAGCACCAACAUUAAAUCAGAAAAUUGGUUCUCUAGAAAGUUGGAUAUGAAUUGACAGGAAAUUGGACCACCCUUAUGUAAAAGGAGUUAAGAAUUGAGACAAGGCUGAGUGGGGUAGAUUGACCCUUUGGGAGCAUUGGAACUGAAUGGGCAGUCAGGAAUUGGGUCCAAAACAGGGUAACAGGUGUAGGUUGGCAGAUAUUUGCCCCUUGUCCUUUGUUUGCCAAAUGACACAGAAGGCAUUUCAGUUUUAUUACUUUUUACUCCAUAGUAUCUGGUGUCAAAAUACUAGUUAUUAAAUUAACUGAAAUUUUGGAAAUUCAAAUUUCUUUUAGUUCAUUCCAGGGGGGAAAAAAAAAGCUUACUGUACAGCAGUUAUGUCACAGUGUCUUACGUUGUAGGACCUGACACAGAACUGUGUGCCUGUUUCCUUAUCAUUUGUAUUGAUACUAACUUUUAUUUAUGUUUAUGGAAAGAAAUAAAAAGUAUGAUACUUGAGUUUUGCCCUCUCUUAAUUUCAAAAAUUAAAAGACAGUGAUUUCAUUAUAUGAAAUUUAGUUUAGAGACUGUUGCUUCAUUAAUAUAAACAACUUUCAGCAACAUGCAACUGUUUAACAGCAUUUCUCCAUUUAAUGAAAACUAAAAUAAAAAUGUUCUAGAGCUAAUUCUAGUGAAAUUUAUCAGUAUUUGCAUAUUGUAAAAUUUUUGGCCUCCAUAUUUUAUAGUUGAAAGUCUUUUCAUACUUGAUGACAUCUAUGGAAAUAUUGAUUAAAUAACAAUGAGUAAAAUGUCCUUUCGAGUGAGUGCCUUCUAAAUAUUGAUGUGAUGAAAUGAAAUAUAGGCAAAGCUAACCAAAUUGGCUAAAAUAGACUAAACUCCAUCUUCUUGUUGAAUUAAUAUUUUUUCUAAGAUCAAUUUCACUUUAUGUUGGAAAUCUUCAAAUUGAAAGUUGUCUGAUUAAAUCUUUCUGGAAUAGUCCAUGACCAAAAAGGGGAAACAAAAAUAGCCCACGGUACAGUAAUUUAGGAUUUAUGUAUUUAACUCCAUACUCAUUUGUGAAGAAGUCUUUCAGACUGAAGUUGGUUUGAAGAUAAAUUUUAUUUCGAUAGUCUUUCUGCUAUUCGAACCAUGUAUGCCUUUUUAUUAGAAACUAAUAAAUGUUCUGUGUUAGUUAAUGAGAGUGUAUUGCUGCUGUUCUCUCAUUGUGAAAUGAAUAUGAGAAUGUUGAAUUUCUCAGGGAGUACUAAAGCUGUACAGAUGUUGAGAACCUGAAAAAUUAAAAUAAUUACUG